AUGGCAUCAUAUUCACCCUUACCUCCAAUCAGACGAGUCGUCACCGGCCAUAAUGCUGAUGCCAAAGCUUACGUCGAGCGCGACGACUUGAUCAACGCCGAGGUUAUGGACCACGGCAAUGCUGCUCAGUUACUAUGGUCAAGUGACUCCAUUCCUGCGGACGUCAAUGUCACGGAUGAUCGAGCAAAAGUCAAGACUGGGAUCGUGAACGGUGGUUCAGUAAUGCGUAUCGUCGACUUUCCUCCCCAUUCCACCGGGCGCUUCCACCGAACAAUCUCUCAGGACUAUAUCGUGGUGCUCAAGGGUAUAGUAUCGUUGACGCUGGAUGAUGGAUCCAAAACACCGGUUGCAGAAGGCGGGGUUGUUGUUCAGCGAGCUACCAUGCACGGGUGGGAUAACGAUACAAACGAGUGGACAAGGAUUUUGUGUGUUCUAACACCUUCAAACAACCCAGUCGUCAACGGGGUUGAAUUGAAACAGCACAUGACAUUUCAUGUCGAAUAG